AUGACCCCACUUGUGCUUCCACUUGAUGCCUUUCAGACAGCAUAUGCCCCAUCAGGAAGUCCAAGAAGCGAUAGCUCCGUUGUGGAUGCGUUUGGCAGGCAGAGAGGGACCAGACUCAGCUCCAGGUUCAACGUCGCGAGACCAAAUGUAGAUGAAAAACGAGCUCAGAUAGGUCCGGGUUGCUAUCGAGUAUUUUGGGCCUGGCGAGUAUCGGAGCCGUCCCUAACACGUCGCUGUCUAGGUAGUGAGGAGAGGAAUUCCCGGAUAACUAGGCCUGCAACCCGUCAUUUGGCCAAUGCCAGCUCGCGGCGUUCUUCCGAGAGACAAAGAGACAAAGAAGAGAAGCCAACUGAAUCUGAGCUGGCGACACUUGAGUAA